CGCCGCGCGGGCGCCGCCGGCCAAUGGCGGCCGCGCCCGCGCCCCGGCGCGCUGAGGGCGCGCGGUGCGCGCUUCCGCCCGCGGCGGCGGCCGGAAGGUGAUGUGGCGGAGCGCGGCGCGAUGUCUGCCAUCUUCAACUUCCAGAGUCUGCUGACUGUGAUCCUGCUGCUCAUAUGUACCUGUGCCUACAUCAGAUCCUUGGCUCCCAGCUUACUGGACAAAAAUAAAUCCGGACUGUUGGGGAUAUUCUGGAAAUGCGCCAGGAUUGGUGAGAGGAAGAGCCCCUACGUGGCCGUGUGCUGUGUGGUGAUGGCCUUCAGCAUCCUGUUCAUGCAGUAGCAGCUGGAGGGUGUCUCCACGUACCCAACAGCAGAUCCUGUGGCAAGAAAGGAUGGGAAGCCUCAGCAAGUCUCCUCUCACAAGAUGGAUAACUUGUCUCCUGGUGGACACCCCUGCAGAUGGACCAGCAUUAGUGAUCACAACCCAGAUGAGAUGUGCUUGUUAGUGCCAGGCCAGCACUGGCACUCCUGCUGUAAUAAUGUGGAAGGGUGUCUGGUGCAUGUCUGAGCUUCAGGGGAGCUCUUUCUGGGUUUUUUUCUUUAAACACCAUGCAGUUGAAAAGGCUUGCUGUUUGUAAUUCUUUAAAAUUUCUUGUCCAGUAGACCUGUUGAAUGAAACGUUAAAAUGGUAAAUCAGCCACAGCAAUAAGACCACCCUUUGAAGAAUAAAGAGCAUUUUGACUCUAGGGGAUGUUUAUCAAAGUAUUUUUAGUUCUUGCUGCCUAAACAAUUCCUCUUGAUUUGUAAGUGAUGGCUCUACUCUCAUCCUAAAAAUAUGACCUCUGACCUAAGUUACUUGUAAUUUCUCAAAUAAUCUCUCCAUAUUUCUGUUGUUAAAAUGUGAAAUAAAGGCAGGGACCAUAAUUGUAGUGAUGUCUGAUUAGCUACUGAGAAGGCAGAGAUGGGGGAUCUGAGACACCUGCAUUGUUCUCUGUAAAAAAAACCACAUGUACACAUUUUUAGAGGUUCCAAAAUGUUGAGAAAAGUAUUGAAAAGGCUCUGCUGCUGCUGUUGCAUGCAUGGAAAGGUUUCUAAAUUAGCAGAAUGAAGAGUUAGCUGCAGAUCAGGAAGUUGCAUGUCAUAAUAUAAAGGUUGAAUCAACUAAAUUACCCUCACCAGUAGUAAAGAUUAGAUUACUUUUAAUGAUACCUCCCAUUAGCAUUUAUUUCUUAAUUUUGCACACUUUCAGUAAUCUAGUGACUUCUUCAAUAAUGCCUGACAGGUGUGGGUUAUAUCAGACAGCUGUGUGACUUCAUACUGGCUGCAUUUGGGAGAAUUGUCUGUUUGCAGUAUUUGUUGAUCUGGAAAGGCUUGUGAUCAGAAGGAACAAAGCUAAAAAGUAAAACACGCUUAAAGGUA